AUGCAGUUCUCCAAGACUCUUGUCUCUCUGGCCGCUCUGGCCCUCGGCGCUCACGCAGCCAUGCCCAUCGUAAGCGUGGAGUUACAAUCAUGGGAAGGGAACUGCCCCGCUGGAUACCAUCCCAAUGGCGCGCCCAAGUUUAAGGCAGCUCUGACCGCCACUCCGGCGACCUGCGACAAGGCCCCGGUGAACCGCCAGUGGGAUAUCGACUUCUUCUCCUUGAAAGCUGUCCCCGACACAAAGGACGCUUUCCUUUGCGAGGGUAUCGAGGUUUACAACACGGAUGAUUGUUCCGGCGACGUCAAGUACUGGUUGCCCUUCACUGACUCUGCGGUCGAACAGGGUAUCUGCGCACCCUACGAUAACCUUGACCAUACCUACCUUUCAGUCAAGUUGAUCUGUAGUCACCACGGUGGUGCUGCUGCCGCUGCACUUGCUAGCGUUUCUGGCAGUUCCAGUGGUUCCGAAAGCUCCGAUGCUAUCUAA